AUGGGUGAUGAAAAUAACUUGAGUUAUAAAAUAUUUAACGAUGAAAGUAUUAUAAGAUUUACGAAAAGUUCUAUAUAUAAUGAUAUAAUUGAAUUUAUCACAAAUUUAAAUAAAUCAGUUGUCGGUGUUGAAAUGAAACCUUUAGAAGAUUUUAAAUUAUGUAAUGAAAAUGAUAUGAUAAAUGAUAACUUUUUAUUAUUAUCAAAAAAUGUAUAUAACAUUUUUCAAUUGAUAAAAAAUAUGAACAAAUGUAUUGAUUCUUGUCCACCUAUAAAUCAAUCAUCACGAUUUGGUAAUAAAGGAUUUCAAUAUUUUUGUGAUGCAUAUUAUAAAGAAAUUGAUGAGUAUUUACCUCAUGCUUUAUCAGAAUCAAACAUACCUAAUAUAUCUGAACAUACUUAUCAAAUAUCUUAUUAUUUAAAGAAUUCCAUUGGAAAUAAAAAGAGAAUAGAUUAUGGAACUGGGCAUGAAUUAAAUUUUUUGCUCUUUCUCUUUUGCCUAAAUAAAUUAAAUUUCUUUAUUCCUUCCGAUUACAAGCACCUCGUCCUUGUUAUAUAUCGACAGUAUUUAGAAGGAGUAAGAAGAGUACAGAUAAUUUACACGGUGGAGCCUGCUGGUAGUAGAGGGGCAUGGGGAUUGGAUGAUUUUCAAUUUCUUGUUUUCCUGUUUGGCGCAGCUCAACUUUCUUACAACAGGAAAAUAAAAACGGACGAUAUUGAAAAGAAAGAAUUGUUGGAAUUGUGGGCACCGAAAUAUUUAUAUUUUGAUGCUCUUAAGUAUAUAUCAAUGAUAAAACAUGCACCUUUUCAUGAAUCUUCCCCAAUGUUGUAUGAUAUAUCUGGCGUUGAAACAUGGGAAAAAAUAUGUAAUGGAUUACUUAAAAUGUAUCAAGCUGAAAUAAUACAAAAGCGACAAAUAUUACAGCACAUAUUAUUUGGAAAUUUGAUAGACUUUUAA